AUGAAUUCUUUUGCAGCCACCAAAAAUGGUGACGAUAGCGAUGAUGAUGGACAUCAGAUGCAGGCGAAGACUGGAUUUAAAAAAGAAACCACAUUAUCUCCUAUAGGCCGUGCGGAUAUUACAAAGCCUUUUCAUAAUCCUUCAAAUACAAAUGCUCCUCUUGAAAUAGGCCGGUCUGAUUGGGACCCAUUUGCGGCCAGCCAAAUUGGCUCCCAAUCUUCUGGAAUGCUGCUUUCGGGUGCUUCCCUACACAAGGAGGCAUCGUCUCCUAGAAUUAAAGGGCUACACCCCGAUGCGGUCCCCCCAGGUGUUCGCUUUGAUAUCAUUCAUCCUGCCGGAGUGGAGUAUGAUGGAGACAAGGAUCUGCGUCAACAUCCGUUCCUUCGAGUUUCACGAAGACCAUCCUCAACAAGCGGUGAUCCCGACAAUGAUGAGCUGCUUCCGCCAUCUUCUCAAGGCCCAAAAGCUAGCUUUGGGUUCAAUCUACAUCGAGGAGGGCCAUCAUUCUAA